AGUGCACUCCGCUCUGUGUAGCAGUCAGCAGCGCUCUGCUCCUGCCAGGCUGCUGCUCUCUCUCCACGCUCUGGAUGAAGUGAAGGACACAAGUGUGUCUCUCAUGCCGUUGGGCUCUUUGUGACCAGCUGAACCCUGAGCCGGACUCCAGUUACCUCGCCAGCGCGCUGAAAUAACCGGAGCGCUGAUUUAGCUGGAUAACGGGAUUUAACUUGGAGGUUUUUUUAGAAACACAUGGAAAUGUUGCUGAAGUUGGUUUUGUUGUGGACUUGCUGGCUCGGAGUGGGAGCGGACUUUGAUGGAAGGUGGCCCAGGCAGAUGGCCUCGUCCAAUGGUCUGUGUCGGUACGGCGCGCGCAUUGACUGCUGCUGGGGCUGGACACGGCGUUCCUGGGGACACUGUCAGCCCCUCUACAUCUUAACCAACAGGGUAAUCGGGAUAAAGUGCCAGGCCCAAGCACUGUGUCAGCAUGGAUGCAAGCAUGGAGACUGCGUUGGACCCAACAAGUGCAAGUGUCACCCCGGCUUCACUGGAAAAACCUGCAACCAAGAAGAAGAACCGGACUAUAUAAACCCCCCCAUGCCUCUGUGGGACAGUUACCCCCAUGUCUUUAUUCCCACCAUGGACCAGCAGCCUGUGGGGGUGCCUCCGGAGGAUCUGAACGAGUGUGGCCUGAAGCCUCGGCCAUGCAAACACAGGUGCAUGAACACGUACGGCAGCUACAAGUGUUACUGCCUCAAUGGAUACAUGCUCCUGCCUGAUGGGACCUGUGGAAAUGCACGAACAUGCAGCAUGGCCAACUGCCAGUACGGCUGUGAGGUGAUGAAAGGAGAAGUCCGCUGUCAGUGUCCAUCGCCUGGACUGCAGCUGGCCCCAGAUGGCAGGACUUGCGUGGACGUGGAUGAGUGUGCCACAGGCCUUGUUGUUUGCCCCCGCUUCCGCAAGUGCAUCAACACCUUCGGCAGCUACAUCUGCAAGUGCCACGAUGGGUUUGAUCUGCAGUACAUCAACGGGAAAUACCAGUGCAUAGAUGUGGACGAGUGCUCUACAGGACAGCACCAGUGUGGCCCUUACUCCUCCUGCUACAACACACCAGGCUCUUUCAAGUGCAAGUGCAAGGACGGCUUCCGUGGUGGGUUGGGCCACGACUGCAAACCAAUCCCCAAAGUGAUUAUAGAACCUCCCAGACCUGGAAAGACCACACCCAGCAACAACAACAGGAUUCCAGAUGCUGACCAGAGAAGAACCACCACUACUGCCAGACCACCAGUCACCCCGAAGAGGACUCCCGCAACAACACCAUCUACCACCACCACCACUGUCAAGGCACCUUCUCCCCCAAAGACAGCUCCUCCACCACCACCACCACCUAAGAAACCCACCAUCCCAACCCGCAAGCCUCCUGUGCCCACUCGCAGGCCCCCAGUCAUCACCCAAAAGCCGUACGUCCCACCUCGCCGACCUGCUACCACCAAAGCGCCACCGCCCACACCACGGCUCCCUGUGAUUCCCACCCGCAGGCCCCCUGCCCCUCCAGUGACCCAACUAGACAACAACAUCAACAAAGACAUUACAGAGAAACAGAGAGGAGAUGUCCACAUACCACGGAAUCAUGGGCAGAACAAUGUUCUUGAUAUCGAUUAUGAUAUCGAACUGGGUAACACAGAAGAAGAAGUAAAAGAUGACCCAGAGGCUGGAUAUCUGAGCUGCUCGUUUGAUCAUGGUCUCUGUGGCUGGAUCCAGGUCAGAGAGGGUGAUGUGCACUGGGAGACAGUACCAGACCCUUCAGGGGGCAAGUAUCUGACCAUCUCCGAGGUGCUGGGAAAGAGGAGUGGACGUGGAGCCCAGCUGGUUCUCCCGCUGACCAUGCCCUGGAACGAGGGCAACCUGUGUCUGGCUUUCCGACAUAAGAUGGCGGGUCACCACGUGGGCAUGCUGCAAGUGUUCGUGCAGAAGGGCCGUCAGCACAGCCCAGCCGUGUGGGGUCGAACAGGUGGGAGCGGCUGGAGAUCCACGCAGAUCACACUGUGGGGCAACGGACUGGAAAGUGUGAUACUGAAGGGUGAGCGCAGGAGAGGCCGGACCGGUGAGCUGGCACUGGACGACAUCAGCCUGAGGAGAGGAGCGUGUCAGGAAGAGCACAACCUGAGGAGGCUCUAACAGCAACAUCUGCACAGACUCUUCACAAGUAGCUGCAGCCGCCCACAUUGAGGGACAUGCUUUCCCUGGCAGUUCCCUUGAGGCUCUGGUGCGUUUCCUCCAGCCUCCUGCCCAGGCUGCCAGUGCAUGCUACAGUAGUGCUCCAUGCCUACAGUAACCAGAUCAAAUUGUGAAUAUAGCAAAACUAAAUUGGGAAAAACUAAUUCUGAACAAGAACAAUGUGUCAAUUUUUCUACGUCACCACUCUUCAAUUUCCAGUUGACCGCAACGCUCAAAUACAGAAGAACGGAAUGGUCACAUAUGCUCUUAAGACUGCCUUUUUAAAGCCUUAAACUAACCAACGAGAGCAUUAUGUGCUUCAUCAGGGCACUUAAGCGCUACCUGAGAGACAACCUGUUUCCAUUGUACUAUUGUAAAUGUAUCCGUGUGUAUAUAGCUAUAUAUAUAUAUAUAUAUUUCAAAAACCCAUAUAUGCUUUGCUGGUGCAUAAUUUCAGUAUGUGAAUUCUUCAUGUAUAAGUGAUGCAGGGCAAUGUUUACACAACCCAACUUCAUGUUUUCUUGACAUUAUGUAUAUUGUAAAUUACAAACCAGUAAAAUUGUUUUGCAUUACAGUUUCUAAGUGGCUGUAUCAGCCAUCCUAUAUUGGCAUAUGAUACUAAUGCUCACCCUUUAAACCUUACAGUAGAGUCAGAUCUUUUUGACCUGAAAUCCUGUGGUCCUCAGUGACCCUCACUCUUGUUUUAAUAGACAGAUGAUGUCAGUAUUUAAAAAUGUAUGCCAAUAAAAGUCAUGAACAUUAGAUGUACACCUUGUACGAAUGAGCAGUGCAUGCUGGUUUUUGUUAAUGGAUGAUUACAUACAGCGUGAGUUAAGAUUAAUACAGAUCAAUGAAAAUGACAUGUGACCUGCUAGCAGUUAAGACAGGAGUGCUUCUGAAGAUCUAAGUUAAACUUGGUUCAGCCUAAAUAAAAAGAUUUAAGGGGGGACCGGAGGGUCAUGUCCUUUCCAGUGUUUGGAGAGAGUGAGUUAUUCCUGCUAUUAUUUCCUGCAGUCUUGUGACUGAAGCUUUUUAAUGAUGUGCUUUUGGUUAACUUUGGCAAAAAAAAAUUAUAUUAAGUAUAUCAGGAUAUACAUAGCUUUCUUUAUUAUGGCCUGUAUUAGCAAAUAAUUGGAUUCCUUUAAUAUGAAGAUUUACUAUUUGCAUUAUUAAUUGGAAAAGUGAGCAAUAAACACUUUAAGACUUAGUUAAUGCAAGUAUGCAAUAUUGGGCAUGAUUAUCUAAAUGUAUGUUAUUACUAUAACUUAAUAUUGUAAUCAAGAGAUUAUUCAAGUUUUCAAAAAAGUUUGCAUCAAAAAUGCAGCAUUUAUUCAUGAUAGUUUGACCUAAAAAAAAAAACCCUCUUUUAAAUAAUUACUUUUAGUUCAGUUUAUCCGUGUUAGGUUGGUAAAAUGUGUUGAAACCUUCUGAGCUUGCUUGUGCUUAGCUCCCGCAAACCAUGGUCACAUUUAUUAAUAUAGUUAAUGGGUGUUUACAGCCUGUUAAUUGUGUUGACCAACACCACAAUUCAGAAUUUAUAGCACAUCUUAAGGUGUUGAUGACUCAUUUAUUAUUUUCUAUUAUUUAAGUCCCUAGAGCCGCAAGAUAAGAAUAAGAAGCAUAAGAAGCAGAUGUUGCCAAUCGUACACUAAUAAGAUGUGAAUUUAAGCAAUUAAUUCAUGCACAACAAUUAGCAAUUGUGCCAAUACAUGCCAUAAUAAAACAACCUAAUGCACAGUGAAUACACCAUUUAGAAGCACUGCUUUUGGAUUUUAUUAAACAAAUAAGACCCCCA